GAGCUCCGACCUGAAAAUCAAGACGUCAUGAUUUGACCUCGUAUGUUUUUCCGAGUUCCCAGUUGUUUUGAACGUAGGACCUGUAUCGGUGUCUGACGUAUGAUGCACGCCCCCUAUUCCAACGCUUCCUGACAAAGAUGGCGGCGACCUUGUGCGGCAGGCUUUUACCAAAACAGGGAUGGCUUCCCCUGACACAGAGUGUCCGGCAUGGCUCUAAGGCAGUCACGCGUCACAGGAAGCCCAUGCACAUCCUCAAACAGAAGCUGAUGGCUAUCACAGAAUACAUUCCACCCAAACCUGCAGCUCCCCCCGGGGCUCUGACCCCCCGUGUCAAACCAGUUCAGGAGGAAAGUGGCCUGGUGUUGCUCUUAAAGAAGGAUUUGCAGACCAUGUUCCAGGACUGUAAGAUGAUCGCUGUGAUCCAAAACAACGCCACCAAUUCAGAGGACAUGCUGCUUCUCAAGCACAGGCUCCACAAGCAUGGCAUCAAAAUCAAGUUUAUCCCCAACCAGGUGAUGAGGUCCUACCUGGCAGACAGCCCUUACAUUAACAUGGGGCCUCUAUUCAUCGGCCAGACAGUUCUAUUUGUUAGUAAAGAGCCAAAGGUGAAGGAAAUGCUUUUGAGUUUGAGGACCAGCCCCCAGAUGGUAUUAUUGGGGGCCUGUAUAGAGAAGAUAUUGCUGAGUCGGCAGGGGGUGUUGAACUAUGCCAAGCUGCCGUCAGUGACCGUGGUCCAGGGAGAGCUGGUGAGUGGCCUGACCAUGCUGACCUCGCAGACAGCCUCAAUGUUGCAGCGCCACCCCACCCACCUCUCAUUGAUACUCCAGCAGUACCUCAAACAGCAGGCUCCCGCAGGCAGUACCAACGGGACCCCAGGGGAGAGCCCCCCCAAGGCAGAGGAAACUGCUUAGGUCUAGACGAUUCACGCCCGCGGGGGAGGGGAAGGAUGUCGGCAGCACUAUGGCUACUGGGAGGUCAUGUCUGCAGAUUUAAGGUCUGCCUCUGACCUGGAGGUCAUACAAUGUACAGUACAACAUGAACCGCUACAACACCUCUUGAGAGCAACUCUUGGAGAAAACAUGUUUUUGUUCCUUUUGUUCAUUAUUUUGAUUACUACUCAUGUUCUGUUCUAAGGCCUCUUUGACCAUAUCAAAAAUAAAUGUUUAAAAUAUUGUAUUAGCC